AACAAUCUCUUAGCGGGUCUGUAUUCCUUGACUGUAGCCGCUCUUUAGAUGAGGCUCAUUAAAUUUUGACUGAUUGCGCAUACAAGUUGUAUUGUUAGGAUUCGGUUGACGGCGCAACGUAAACAUUUCCGGUGCGGGAUGUUAUACGUUUGAAAUAACAAACGACAUUCUCCAAGUAAUGGGUAUCGACGGUAUGAGGGUUGGUGGAAGCCGAUGCCCUCCCCUUCUCGUUGGAGGACUUAUUUUAGCAUGUUUAAUGCUUAUUUGUAAUUGGUGGACCCUGUCUUCCGAAAAUCUCGAAUUAUUACGCCAAAUCGAUGAGCUGAGUGAACAACUGAAAAUCAGUGCGGAAGAGAGGGAUCAAUGUGUUACAUUACGUGGAAACUUGGAGGACCGAUUUAAACGAGCUAAAGAUGAGAUAGCUUCCUUACACGUUCAUCUAGAACAACAAAGCAAAUUGAAAAAGCGCACUGAUGAGUUAGAAGAUUCUAUCACAGUAUGCAAGAGUGAACUCGAUUCGUUAAACAAACUAGAUGCAACAAAGACGGCAACAUUGGAAACUUUAAGAUUGGAAAAGGAUACCAUAUCGACGCAAUUAGGGGCCAAAAAGGAAGAGAAUAAGAAAUUACAAGAGGAAUUGGACAGGAUUCAGGAUGAACUGAAGAAACUCAAAUCAACAUAUAGUUCACCCUCUGAAAAGGAGCAUCGGAUGUUACCGCAAUCAAUAAAAACAAUCGUAAACAAGCCUCAGUUGGGUCCUGUCGCAGAGGCAGCGGUAAAAAUAUCCAGCUCCGGCGAAAGGGGUUUGAAGUUUCAUGGAAUUCCAAUACUACCGCGAGAUCCACCUGGUGCAGUGCGUCAAGCUCCUCGUCUGUCAGUAACCAUGAUGAGAGAUCGAAAUGCUCACAGGAAAGAAUUGUUCGAUUAAAAUUCAAAUGUCUUCAAGAUAUUUCACAGUACAUAUUGUGGACAUCCUGUACAAUACAUGUGUACGUCCAAGUAUUAGGUGCAAUGAGUUUUAUCCAAUCAAUUGUAUGGUGUAUCUAUUUCCAAAUAAGUAAUAUACUUUCAUUUUUACGCAAUUGCUAUGUAAAAAUAGAAAUCGUGUAGUGUUAUAUUUUGACGUAUUAUUUGAGAUCGGUUGAAUAGUGUAAUAUAAACGUUAAAAUAAUAAGAGAGAUUGUACAAAGCCAUAAAUAAUGUUUUUGCUGGAUAUUAUACUGUGAGUUGUAAAUUCCAUUUCAUGAAUAUUAGAUUUUUUUUAAUUUUUAGGAUUGAUUUUAGGACUAGACAAUACGUUUUUCAGUGUGUAUACUAAUCUGAUGAACUUUUGAAAUGCCAUUUGGACCCAUGACAGAUUUUCCUAGAAGUAAUUGUUUUAGUGAAUAU